GAAUGGGGGCCUUCACUGAUCCUAGCGUUCGUCAGUGCCACCUGCUGUUGUUGCUUGGCCUCGUCCUGAAAUGCUCUCCAGUAACAUGGGCACAGUCCAAUGACAACAUUCCACUCGGCUGUGGUCAGGAGGUGGACUCCCUCUACUACAACCUCUGUGACACCGCCACCAUCUGGGGGGUGGUCCUGGAAGCCUUUGCUGCGGCGGGGGUGGUGAGCUGCUUUGUACUGGUCAUUGUGCUGGUCGCCUCAGUGCCUUUCAUCACAGAGAAGAAGAAGAAGAGCACGGUGGGACUUCAAGUGGGCUUCCUGCUGUCCACGAUGGGUCUCUUUGGGCUCACGUUUGACUUCAUUGUGAAGAAAAACUUUGCCACUUGUGCCUCGCGCCACUUCCUCUUCGGCGUCCUGUUUGCAGGUUGCUUCUCAUGCCUGCUGGCCCACUGCGUCCAGCUCAACCUGCUCGUGCGGAAGGACAGGGGCACCCGUGGAUGGAUCUUAGGCCUCGGUGCGUUAGCUCUCUGGCUCGUGGAAGUCAUCAUCAACACAGAGUGGCUCAUUCUGUCUCUCGUGCGCCCCAGCAACAGCUCCUCCACCCCUCUGGAUCCCUGCAGCAUUGCAAACAUGGACUUUGCCAUGGCCCUCAUCUAUGUCAUGGUGCUUCUGCUCGCCAUUCUGGUGGCGGGUGUUCCUGCCCAGGUGGGACAGUACAAACGCUGGAAGAAGCACGGAGUCUUCAUUCUGGUAACGGCCUCUUUCUCGGUGGCCAUCUGGGUGACGUGGAUUGUCAUGUAUGUCUACGCAAACCGAAAGCUGAACAAACUCUCUUGGGACGACCCCACCUUGGCUAUCGCACUGGUGUCCAACGCAUGGUGUUUCCUGCUCCUGUACAUCAUCCCCGAGUUGUGUUUCCUCACAAAGGACUCCCAGCCACAGCAGAACUACUCGGAAACCUUGUACACCAACAGGGGGGUUGGCUACGAGAACAUCCUGAAGGAGCACAGCCCUGCGAACAUGUUUGUGGAAAACAAGGCCUUCUCCAUGGACGAGCCCAGUUCAGCCAACAAGCCGGUGUCUCCAUACAGUGGCUAUAAUGGGCAGCUUCGAGGCUGUGUAUACCAACCCACGGAGCUGGCCAUCAUCAGUAAAGGCGGUGGAGAGCACUCAGACAUGCAGAGUGAGGCCAUUCUGCCAAGAGCCACCAUGAGCACCCAAUUGAUGGGGGGCACCAACUCCACCAUUCGAGCAGAGGAUGUCUACUCGGAGACCCAGCCACACUCCACCAGCAACGGUAACACCUUCUACUCCAAGGCCCACUGGUGAUCACCUUGCCGGACCCCCUUUUGGCUCCAGAUAACUUUCCCCUUCAACAAUUCGUCUUCCCCCACCUCACCCUCUCUGUCUCUCUUUCAAUCCCAAAUCUGCUCAGCGGUCAAAGCACAAAGAGACGUUCACAACAAGGGAGGCAGAGGAAAAGAAGCCUUUUUUGAAACUCGUCAAGAGAAGUGGAGCCACGGGAGGAAGCCAUCGGCCCAAUUACUCCCACUUGCAUCAGACUGGAAGAAAAACAAACAGGAAUUUAAAAAAAUUUAAAAAACGCUGAGACAAGCGCACUCGGGUGCAGUGUUGUAAAAUGGAAAGACAAUGGGGACUGAAAAGCAUAGAAACAGGGGCGCGCAGUGAGAUAAUGGAGAUCCCUGGCCCUUUUAUAGGGAGGAUUAGCCGCAUGACCCGUGGACUGGGCCAACUGAAACAGCUCUCCCAUGUCACUCCUACUGGAAACCUCAAAACGCUGGCAUUCGGAGAUAGAAAUAUCCCGAGAUGAUGACAACACGUGCUGUAGUUGAGUCUAAGCUACCAAAAACUUCUGCUUAAAUUAAUUUAUAAAGACUAGACGUUCAGAGCAGUGAAGAACUCUACAUUCAGCAUAUAUAAGAAAUGUGACAUAGAGUGACGAUUCUACUGCAGACAUAAUGGAUGAAAGCAUGACAUUUCUGUAUGUAUGGCUGUUUCUAUGGUGGGAGGACCUUAGGGUUACCUUUUCUCACUUUCAGACCAGAACAGUGUCCCAAAACCCUACUGUAGCUCUCCCUAUGCUUGCCCUCACAAAGACCAUUUGUAUCUCCUCUUACAGUCACCAUGACAGCUACUGUGACUAAAUCCUUCCCCUCUUCCCUCACAUUUAUAACUCCAGGUGACCAGAGAGAGCACCAAAACAAGCAGAAGAAAAGGUUUACACUUUUAUUCAUUCAUUUUAGGUUAACAUUCCUGAUGGGCCUAAAACAGAACGCAAGUAAUGUGUGUGACAAAUCGCAGCAAUAGAACCUAGAUGGAUAGCAGGUCUUCUUACUAGGAGUCGGGGCUCCCAGCUCUUCAUAGUAAGCUCCUCCAGCGUGGUCUUUGAAUGGAACUGAUGGCAUAAGAGAAACACUGAGCUUCUGCGGACCUUGUGUUUCCCUGAGGCUUUCUCUUGGAGCAGUGAGAUGGCGUAGUGUAAGGACCAACUCCUCUCUUAGGCCUCUAACUCCCAUCUUAGGCC